AUGAGCGUUAGCUCAAAUACCAGGGACAAAAAAAGUAAGGACAACCCAGUCCUGAAGCCAAACGUUAUUGGCGAAGUUAAAUUUAACCUAACAAUGAAAAAGGCAAAACCAGACAAGAAAAGUAACAACAAGAGAAAUAAUAUGCCAAUGGAAGAAGCAAAUGCUGAAGCUUCAGGAA